AUGAGCUCUAUUGAUGAGAAGCCUCUUUCAUGGUUCAUCAGACUGAUUCAUGAUACUUGCAUUCAUUUGAAUAAAUCUAUGUUGCUCCUCUGCUUAUUCCACUCUAAUUCUACAAUGAGCUCUAUUGAUGAGAAGCCUCUUUCAUGGUUCAUCAGACUGAUUCAUGAUACUUGCAUUCAUUUGAAUAAAUCUAUGUUGCUCCUCUGCUUAUUCCACUUUAAUUCUACAAUGAGCUCUAUUGAUGAGAAGCCUCUUUCAUGGUUCAUCAGACUGAUUCAUGAUACUUGCAUUCAUUUGAAUAAAUCUAUGUUGCUCCUCUGCUUAUUCCACUUUAAUUCUACAAUGAGCUCUAUUGAUGAGAAGCCUCUUUCAUGGUUCAUCAGACUGAUUCAUGAUACUUGCAUUCAUUUGAAUAAAUCUAUGUUGCUCCUCUGCUUAUUCCACUCUAAUUCUACAAUGAGCUCUAUUGAUGAGAAGCCUCUUUCAUGGUUCAUCAGACUGAUUCAUGAUACUUGCAUUCAUUUGAAUAAAUCUAUGUUGCUCCUCUGCUUAUUCCACUCUAAUUCUACAAUGAGCUCUAUUGAUGAGAAGCCUCUUUCAUGGUUCAUCAGACUGAUUCAUGAUACUUGCAUUCAUUUGAAUAAAUCUAUGUUGCUCCUCUGCUUAUUCCACUUUAAUUCUACAAUGAGCUCUAUUGAUGAGAAGCCUCUUUCAUGGUUCAUCAGACUGAUUCAUGAUACUUGCAUUCAUUUGAAUAAAUCUAUGUUGCUCCUCUGCUUAUUCCACUUUAAUUCUACAAUGAGCUCUAUUGAUGAGAAGCCUUUCAUGGUUCAUCAGACUGAUUCAUGA